ACACAGCGAUUAAUUUUUAUUUGGACUUUAUUCAUAGGUCAUAUAUAAAUCAAAAGGCUUCCUCCUCUAUCUUUAGUAUCACUCGAAUCCCCACGGCGGUAUUAAAAACACGAUCCAUCCGCAUUUGCAGCGACCGCGCUUCAAACACCAAAAAAACCCAUAAGAAAAACGUAACAGUUUAUUCACAGUGUCGCCGAUUAUUUAGUUUAGUUCUUCGAUACACAAUUACAACGAGAAACACAGAGAAAUAUAAAAAAAAAAUGGGCAAAAGCAACGGAAAGAUCGUGGUGGUCUUUUGCGUAGCAGCGCUGUGUGUCCUGAUUAACUCGAUAGAAGCGAGACCUAGGGACAUUUCGACGAAGGGGGAACUCUGCUUAGUCGCCAAAAUGGAUGAGACUUGCCAGAAAUGCGCGAAACAGACGAAAUCCCCGUUGGUUUAUCCGAUGUGCUGCAGCGACGAAGACGGCGUCUACGCUUGGUGCGAAAGGUACAUACAUUACGGGAUCCAGUAAUGCUACUAUGAUAUGAUAUUCUUUUACAACAAAAAUCAACAACAAGUUCACCUGUGA